ACAAAAGCUCAAAACAUUUAAAUAAAAUAUAUUAGAAAUUAGUUGCAAACAAAACAUAAACAUGACAACAGUAGAUUUUAGCACAAAUUUUCAAACGAAAUGGAAUUUGUGGGGAGAACAAACACAAGCAGUAUGGGAUAAGCUAUUGGAUAAAACUACUGACGAUCCUAGUUUAGUAUGGAUUUUGGGUACCUCUUUAGUGAUGUUGCUUACCUAUUGGAGUUAUGCUGCAUUUUUCACCUUUAUCGAUAUAACAAAUAAGCCACGUUGGAUUUUAAAAUAUAAAAUACAGCCGGGACAAAAUGAACCAGUAGAUAAGCAAAAAUUAUGGAAGGCCAUCAAACAAGUACUAUUCAAUCAAAUAGUUGUCACAACUCUAGGACUCUAUAUUGGAAAUUUACUAGUCUUCCAAUAUCGUACAACUGAAAGCAUACGUCAAUUGCCCACAAUGAAAACAUAUCUUAUCGAUUUAAUAUUAAUGACUCUACUCGAAGAAGUGCUAUUCUAUUAUUCUCAUCGUUUGCUACAUCACCGUUCGAUUUAUAAAUAUUUUCAUAAAAAACAUCAUGAAUGGACUUCUCCAAUAGCGGUCAUGACUUUCUAUUGUCAUCCGGUGGAACAUAUUUUGAGUAAUUUUGGUCCCAUAGCAUUGUUGGCGGUUACACUUAAUGUACAUGUUGUUGUGGGUUGGACCUUUGCUGUGAUAGCAAUUGUUAAUUCAAUGACCGAUCAUACGGGCUUUUAUUUGCCUUUUCCAUUUUCAAAGGAUUCUGUGUUAUUCCAUGACUAUCAUCAUGCCAAAUUCAAUUACAAUUUUGGAGUCUUUGGUUGGUUAGAUAAACUCCAUGGUACCUAUAGAGAGAUGAAAUUUGAUAAAACUCAAACUAAAACAGCAACAAAAAAACUAAAGUCGAAAAAAUAAGAAUUAAAAUAUAACAAAAAUCUGAAAUACA